AUCUCCUUCGGCAGAACAGUAACAAUAAACAACUCAUCAUCUUCAGAUUUCCUUCAACAUCAAUUCAUCACCAGCACCACCCUCUACCAUUACCAUCACCACCAUCCUCCCCACUCUCCCCCGUGUCGAUUUCGAACUCACCGUUCUCCUCCAUUCUGCUUCUGGUUCCCACUCCAAUCCGCCUAUCACCUGUGACUAAGGAAGACCUUCUUCACACUAACACUGACAGUUCAGUGAUCUCUUCCACUUAGCCGCAAAAUGUAUCGUUUUCCCACCGUCAUUCUCUCUCGCCACCUCCACCGCCGCAAAUUAUCCUCCACCACCUCCCAACCACUCGAACUCCCCUUAUCUCACCCUAUAUACACCAUAUGGGGCUCCAACACCGCCGUCGGUAAAACCCUUGUCUCUGCCGGUAUCGCCGCCUCCUCUCUCCUCUCUUCUCCCUCCCCUAUCAAAUUCCACUACCUCAAACCUCUUCAAACCGGUUUCCCUUCCGACUCCGAUUCCCGCUUCAUCUUCAAUAAACUCCGCCACCUCCAUAACCGCAAUCCUUACAACUCUCGCAUUUCAAUUUCCCUAUCUAACCGUGUUCUCAAUGUCCCUCCCGCCGCAUGGACGAAUCAGGUGAAGGAAAUUAACGGUUUCGUCGGUGAAGAUGGUUCUGACUCUUCGGAGUUGAUAUGUAAAACGUUGUAUGCAUGGGAAGAGGCUGUGUCGCCGCAUUUAGCGGCUGAGAGGGAAGGUUUCGUUGUGGAGGAUUCAGCUGUGCUGGGAACGUUGCAGCGAUGUUUUCGCGAUGUGGUUGAAAGUGGUGUUGGUAAGGAGAGGUCGGAGGUUCUGUGCAUUGUGGAAACUGCCGGUGGAGUUGCCAGUCCAGGUCCUUCUGGUUCACUUCAAUGUGACUUGUAUAGGCCAUUCCGUAUUCCUGCCAUUCUUGUUGGAGAUGGCCGGCUAGGAGGUAUUUCUGGAACAAUAUCGGCUUAUGAGAGCUUGACGCUUCGUGGUUAUGAUGUUGUUGCUAUUGUUUUUGAAGAUCACGGCCUUCUAAACGAGGGUCCCUUAUUGUCUUACGUGCGAAACAAGGUUCCUGUUUUAGUGCUUCCACCUGUUCCAAAAGAUCCAUCAAAUGAUCUAAUGGAAUGGUUUGAAGGUUCUUUUAAUGUAUUUAAUAAUCUAAAGGAAAUAAUGCUAUCUGCUUAUUUUGAGAGAAUUCAGAAGUUGCAUGAAAUGCCAACCAAAGCAAGAGAUAUCAUCUGGUGGCCUUUCACUCAACAUAAACUUGUACCAGAUGGUCGGGUUACAGUGAUCGAUUCACGCUGUGGUGAAAAUUUUGCUGUCUUCAAGGCUCAGAAGACAGAAGUCAUAGCACCACUGUUUGAUGGAUGUGCUAGUUGGUGGACUCAAGGACCUGAUGCUAUAUUGCAGGCUGAGCUUGCUAGGGAGAUGGGGUACACUGCUGCAAGAUUUGGGCAUGUUAUGUUCCCCGAAAAUGUUCACGAGCCAGCCUUGGAUAGUGCUGAGCUUUUGCUUCAAGGUGUGGGGAAAGGCUGGGCUUCUCGAGUAUAUUUUUCAGACAAUGGAUCUACAGCAAUUGAAAUUGCUCUAAAGAUGGCAUUUCGUAAAUUUUCGGUUGAACAUGGGCUUAUUCCUGACUGUCACGAGGACGCUACAAAUGAAAGAUCGACUGAGCUAAUGGUUCUUGCACUUCAAAGAUCUUAUCAUGGCGACACCUUGGGUGCUAUGGAAGCACAGGCACCGUCAGCUUAUACAGGCUUCCUGCAGCAACCAUGGUACACCGGUAGAGGUCUCUUCCUGAAUCCUCCUUCUGUCUCUAUGUACAACAAUAAAUGGAACAUUUCCAUUCCUGAAGAGUUUCAGCAAGAAAAUCAGAAACUUGAAAGUAUCACCUUUGUUUCACGUGAUGAAAUAUUUCACAGGCGCAGAGACAAUUCUAAGCUUGCUCCAGUUUAUUCAUCUUACAUAUCAAAGGUGCUAUCUGGAUUUAGAGGGUCAAGCAGGAUUGCUGCGUUGAUUAUGGAGCCAGUCAUACAAGGUUCUGGUGGAAUGCAUAUGGUGGAUCCACUUUUUCAGCGCAUACUUGUUAAUGAGUGUCGAAGUAGAAAAAUUCCAGUUAUUUUUGACGAGGUUUUUACUGGUUUUUGGCGUUUGGGAGUAGAGACUGCAGUGGAUCUAAUCCAUUGUGUACCUGACAUAGCCUGCUAUGGGAAGCUGAUGACUGGUGGGAUAAUACCUUUGGCUGCCACCUUAGCAACAGAUGCCAUAUUUGAUUCAUUUAUUGGAGACUCAAAGCUCAAGGCCCUUUUGCACGGACAUUCUUACUCUGCACAUGCUAUGGGUUGCAUGGCCGCUGUAAAAUCAAUCCAAUGGUUUAAAGACCCUCUUUCCAACCCUAACAUCACUUCAGAAGAAAGAUUACUUAGGGAGUUAUGGGAUGAUAAAAUGGUUCGUAAGAUUUCGUCACACUCUGCAGUUCAAAGAAUAGUGGUGUUAGGAACUCUGUUUGCCUUGGAGUUAAAAGCAGAAGGCGAUAAUGCAGGGUAUGGAUCAUUGUAUGCAAGGCCCCUUCUUCAAAAACUUCGGGAAGAUGGGGUGUACAUGCGGCCACUCGGUAACGUUAUUUAUCUUUUGUGUGGACCCUGCACAUCUCCAGAAGUUUGCAAUCAAUUGCUCGUCAAACUUUAUGAGAGGCUUGAAGAAUUUGAUGUAUGCAAGAAGUGAGAAUUCUGUGAAUUGCCUAAUGAAAAAAUGUAUCAUGUCUACUAUUGGCUGUAGCUCAGGCUUUUCAUUUUGUUGUUGGUAGCUUAGGUAUUAUUACUUAUUGAGUUAUACUAAAUUACUAACUGAAAACAUUUGAGCGUAGUUAUUUAUUAAAUUAAAUAAAGUUAGCUUGCAUUACAUGUCUACAAUUUGAGCUUGGUUUAGUUCAAAUAUUUCAUAACAAUAUUUUGAUACACUUAAUAACUACAAUUUAUUUGUUUAUUAACACACAAACUUGACAUGAAGUUUUGACAAUAAAUCCGAUGAUUAAUUAAGUUCAAAUUGUAGACAUGUAAAUCAAUGGAUCUGAUGACUGCAGCACAUGACAAUGUAACUUGAGAUGCGCGGCAGCUCACAGCUCCUUAGUAGAAGACAAAUGGGAGCACAAAAGGGUCUCUUAAGGGGAAGAAAAGGACAUUAUUAUGGUUAUAUAUGCAAAUGUUUGAACCUUUUUGGUAGUGGAGGAGGUUGCAUUGGGGUCAGUGGCGAUUGUGAUUCCUUUAUUUUAUUAUCUUCUUCACGCAAGUUGUUGGUUGUAAUGUUGCCAAGAAACUUGGGUCUUUCAA